AUGGGAAAAGGAACGGACAAGCUUUAUAUUACACAUUCCGAGUGGGCAUCGGAAGAUGCUUUCUCGGCCAGCGCUGGCGCUGGCGUCAGCAAAGCUAGACGUGGAGGUGGCCACGCGCCAUUCAAGCGCCUACCUUUCAACUUCUGCUCGCUCUCCCUGCAGCCAUUCGCGCAUCCAGUCUGCACACCCGUAGGCACGAUCUUCGACCUCACCAAUAUCCUCCCCUGGAUCAAGAAACACGGGACGAACCCGGUCGACGGAUCACCACUGAAAAGCUCAGAACUGAUCAAACUUACGAUCGCGAAAAAUGAGGAGAACGAGUACGUCGACCCGGUGACAUACAAGGUUUUAACGGACAACACGCACAUUGUGGCGCUGCGGAAUACGGGCAACGUGUUUGCCUGGGACACGGUCGAGCGAUUGAAUAUCAAGGGAAAACUUUGGCGUGAUCUUGUUACGGACCAGGAGUUUAGCCGGAAGGAUAUUAUUACAUUGCAGGACCCGCAAAAUGUCGAGUCGCGCAACCUGAGCUCGUUCAACUACCUCAAAGACGGAGAAACAGAUAUCCUGGACGAGCAGAAGGCAGCCGGCAGCGUGAAUGCCAAUGCAUUGGGCAGUUCGGCCAAGAUCUUGAAGGCGAAGGAAGCAGUGGCCAAGGCGCGGGCCGAACGCGCGCAACAGCAAAGUGGCUCGGCGGCUUCGAAAGCGAUUUCCAAAACCGGAGCUACGGGCGCCAAUGCCUCAAAAUCGGCUGCGUCUCAGUCAGGGAAGCCCACGCCGUACAACGCUGCGCGUUUCACGACCGGCAAGGCUGCAGCGUCUUUUACGAGUACAGGGCUGACGCCUCACACUUCGGGCGAGUUGGCCCUUCUAUCUGAGGAAGAGUAUAUGUUGAAACGGGGCCGGAUCAAGGCCAAGGGCUAUGCGCGACUGGAUACAACUGCCGGGCACUUGAAUGUGGAACUGUACCCCGAAUAUGCGCCCAAGGCCGUGUGGAACUUCAUUCAGCUGGCCAAGAAGGGCUAUUACAAGGAUGUCACCUUCCACCGCAAUAUCAAGGGAUUUAUGCUCCAGGGUGGUGAUCCCACUGGGACUGGACGUGGCGGGGAGAGUAUCUGGGGCAAGUACUUUGCGGACGAAUUUGAGGGACCGCUGAAACAUGACGGACGUGGGACUCUGAGUAUGGCCAACAAGGGCAAAAAUACCAAUAGUAGUCAAUUUUUCUUCGCAUAUCGAGCUUUACCGCAUCUCGACCGCAAACACACUAUCUUCGGCAGACUGAUCGACGAUCCAACCCCUUCAUCUGCUACAUUGAACUCGCUCGAGACUCAUCCCGUGGAGUCAUCUACCAACCGACCCACGCCAGAAGUCCGCAUCAAAGAAGUCACCAUUUUUGUGGACCCCUUUGAGGAUUUCCUUCGCCAGAAACGCUCCGAGGGCCAGACAGGCGCCGCUGGGGCUGGGGCCGAGGUGGUGACGCAGAACAAGAGGACGAGAGUUCUCGUCGCGUGGACGACGAUCGAGUCACCUGGACAGGUAAGCGCGUCCGCGGAUCUGGCGAGGGAGCUAGUGAAAGCGGUUCGACUGGCGUUGGCAAAUAUCUGA